UCGAGGCUCAAGGUAUUGAGGGCUCAGUGUGGAUAUGGGCUACAGCAUGGGAAGUCAGUGGAGAUGGUCUGCAGCCCUUCUUCUGGUCAUGGCCAGUACUUGCAUCAAAGGUUUGGCUCCCUGGCACAUGAAUGAUUUUAUCAAGGCCGUAGAGCAGGUGGAGCACGGGAGCCCUGAGCUGCAACCAGUAGCUCUGCUGAGAAGCCUGCGCAAGGCAUCUGGCUUAAAUGAUGUUGUCAUUCAGCACUUCCUUGGUAAGAGCAACUCUGAUGGGGCUGCAUUGGAUUCCGGUCUUUCAGGCUACUUCAGCAAAGCCCUACAACACAGGGUGACUGAAGACGGCGAAGAGGAAGGGGUGGUUCUUAUUUCAGAUGGCACCACUGUUGCUCUCAAACCUCUCCUCCUGGGAAUUGAAGCUGGUUUCCUCUCCAAGACCAGGGAGCGUGUUCGGGGUCUUUACCAACUCACUCUGGCCCUUGACCUAGGCCUCUCUUUCAAGCAUUUCCACCGCUCUCACCUCUCCCAACGUCUGGGUGCUGAUGGUUGCUGGGACAGUGUAACCUCACCUAGGGUCUUCACCCUCUCCAACACUCCUGCACAUGUCACUACUGCUUUGAUCAAUGGAGGCAUGGACGGCGUGAUUCUCGGGACGGAGGUCUCCACCCCAUCAAGAAGGCCUCUCAAGCUGAGCAGUCUGCUGAGAACGUACUACUGCCACCAGCUGGAGAGAGAUGGACUGGACAAGGCUCCACGGCUCAUCAGCCGGCGUCGCAGGCAGAACUUCAUAGAGUUGGUCAAGCCUUCUCUCCUGGCCAGACAGGUGGAGAGAUCCUUGGACCUGCAUCGGAAACUCAAGAAGCACCCCAAGAUGGCAGUGAAAGAGAAGGAGGAACUGAUGGCUGUGGUGAAUGAGGGAGUGAAAGAGUUUGUCUCCAAGUAUAUGGAUUGUCCAGCCAUCAUUCCACGCUGCAUGUGGGGUGCAAGGCCGUACAAAGGGACGCCGACGCUCCUGUCGCUCCCUCUCUCCUUUCUGUAUAUUCACCACACCUCUACACCAAGCCAGCCCUGUCUGACUUUCCAGCAGUGUUCUGCAGACAUGAGGUCAAUGCAGCGGUUCCACCAGGACGACAGAGGCUGGAAUGAUAUAGGAUACAGCUUUGUUGCCGGCUCUGAUGGGAAUAUAUAUGAAGGCCGUGGUUGGCACUGGCGAGGGGCCCACACCUAUGGACACAACUCCAAAGGCUACGGGGUCGCCUUCAUUGGUGACUACUCCACCCAGCUGCCCUCCAAUCACUCAAUGGAGCUGGUAAGAGACUGCCUGGCAUCCUGCGCCGUCGGUGGCGGGCGACUGACGUCCAACUUCAUAUUACAAGGGCACAGACAAGUGGUCAAUACUGCCUGCCCUGGGGAUGCUCUCUACAAGGAAAUCACAGGAUGGAAACACUUUGGGGAGGUCAAAGGAUGACAACACCACCUUGGGACAAGAGGAGGAGGCUUGGACAAACAAAACAGCCCUCACUCCAGUGCAAAAUAAACAUUUUCCUUAAGUGUU